CCUGGGAAGGGCCUGCGGGUGCCAACACAGGGGCCCCUGCCGGGGCAGGGGGAGCCUCACCUGAGACCUUGCCCUGGGGCAGAGGGACAGGCUUGGGGGAUCCAGUGAGCAGGAGGAUGAGGACUGCACCAUUCAGCCCAGUUUCAGUUCCGGGGCUUGGGAUGGUGGAGAGCAGACAGCAAACAGGGUCACGCUGGGGGUGGGUGAAGCGGGUGUCAGGAAUAGGGCAGGGGCAGAUUGGGGCAGUUGAUACCACUUUGAAAAGGAGAGCCAGCUAGGGUUAGCAGGGUCCACAAGACAGAGGGAGUGGCCGCUGGGCCAGCCCACAGACUGACUGCCUUGGGAGCUCCACGCUGGGGCUUAGCCUCCCAGGCCCAGCCCAGAGGGGUGACUAGCAAAGCCUUGACGAGAAGCCCUCAGCCUGGGCAGUGUGACAGGGUUACUCCUGGGAGGGGACAGAAGGGCUCGGGACCCCAGUUCCUGCCAAUCUUGGCCAAGGCCCCAGGUCUGAGCAGCACCCACGGUUGCUGAGGCCCCCGGUGGCCUGCACGUGGGCAGAGCACACCCGGGCUGCUCCCACCUCCUGGGAAGGAGGCCCAGCUGAGAGCGUGCCGGAAGCCACAGCUUCCUCUCGCACUUUCGCCAGGCAGGCAGCAGGUGUGGGCCUGGCUGGGGCUGGGCUGGGCCGGAACCUCACGGACCGCACCCAACCCCAGUACUGGGACAUACGCAAGUCGUGUAAAUCAGGAGACGAUGCAGGGAGGUGGGUGGAGUCCUGGUCUCUGGAGCCAGACUCCUGGCUGUGUGACAUUGAGCUAGUCAGUUAGCCUCUCUGGGCCUCACAGCCCCAAAACAGCUGUGCCCAACUUAGGGUUGUGGUGAGGGUUCCGAAGAAGACUGUGGCUGCCACACUGCAGAGCUGGAAGCUGUUGUGGGGGCCCAGGGCCUGGUGGUGUGGGCAGGAAUGCCCCACCCAUGUGCUCUGGGGCUGUGGACCCAGCAGCUUCCAUCACUGCCCACAGAGCGUGACUAUCACAGCCUGUGCGAGCGGCAGCCCAUUGGGCGCCUGCUGUUCCGAGAGUUCUGUGCCACGAGGCCGGAGCUGAGCCGCUGCAUCGCCUUCCUGGAUGGGGUGGCUGAGUAUGAAGUGACCCCGGAUGAGAAGCGAAAGGCAUGUGGGCGGCAGCUAAUGCAGAAUUUUCUGAGCCACACGGGUCCUGACCUCAUCCCAGAGGUCCCCCGGCAGCUGGUGACGAACUGCACCCAGCGGCUGGAGCAGGGGCCCUGCAAAGACCUUUUCCAGGAACUCACCCGGCUGACCCAUGAGUACCUGAGCGUGGCCCCUUUUGCCGACUACCUCGACAGCAUCUACUUCAACCGUUUCCUGCAGUGGAAGUGGCUGGAAAGGCAGCCAGUGACCAAAAACACCUUCAGGCAGUACCGCGUCCUGGGCAAAGGCGGCUUUGGGGAGGUAUGUGCCUGCCAGGUGCGGGCCACCGGUAAGAUGUACGCCUGCAAGAAGCUAGAGAAAAAGCGGAUCAAGAAGCGGAAAGGGGAGGCCAUGGCGCUGAACGAGAAGCAGAUCCUGGAGAAAGUGAACAGUAGGUUUGUAGUGAGCUUGGCCUACGCCUAUGAGACCAAGGACGCGCUGUGCCUGGUGCUGACACUGAUGAACGGGGGCGACCUCAAGUUCCACAUCUACCACAUGGGCCAGGCUGGCUUCCCCGAAGCACGGGCCGUCUUCUACGCCGCCGAGAUCUGCUGUGGCCUGGAGGACCUGCACCGGGAGCGCAUUGUGUACAGGGACCUGAAGCCAGAGAACAUCUUGCUGGAUGACCACGGCCACAUCCGCAUCUCUGACCUGGGGCUGGCUGUGCACGUGCCCGAGGGCCAGACCAUCAAAGGCCGUGUGGGCACCGUGGGCUACAUGGCUCCGGAGGUGGUAAAGAAUGAACGGUACACGUUCAGCCCUGACUGGUGGGCGCUCGGCUGCCUCCUGUACGAAAUGAUCGCAGGCCAGUCGCCCUUCCAGCAGAGGAAGAAGAAGAUCAAGCGGGAGGAGGUGGAGCGGCUGGUGAAGGAGGUCCCCGAGGAGUAUUCCGAGCGCUUUUCCCCGCAGGCCCGCUCCCUCUGCUCACAGCUCCUCUGCAAGGACCCCGCCGAACGCCUGGGGUGUCGUGGCGGCAGUGCCCGCGAGGUGAAGGAGCACCCCCUCUUUAAGAAGCUGAACUUCAAGCGGCUGGGAGCCGGCAUGCUGGAGCCGCCCUUCAAGCCUGAUCCCCAGGCCAUUUACUGCAAGGAUGUUCUGGACAUUGAACAGUUCUCUACAGUCAAGGGCGUGGAGCUGGAGCCUACUGACCAGGACUUCUACCAGAAGUUUGCCACUGGCAGUGUGCCCAUCCCCUGGCAGAACGAGAUGGUGGAGACCGAGUGCUUCCAGGAGCUGAAUGUCUUUGGGCUGGAUGGCUCAGUCCCCCCAGACCUGGACUGGAGGGGCCAGCCACCUGCACCCCCUAAAAAGGGACUGCUGCAGAGACUCUUCAGUCGCCAAAGGAUUGCUGUGGAAACUGCAGCGACAGCGAGGAAGAGCUCCCCACCCGCCUCUAGCCCCCAGUCCGAGGCCCCCACCGGCAGUUGGCGGUAGCAGCUACUCCGAGCGCCGUUUACAGUUUUGCACAGUGGUCUUCCCCAUUGUCCACUCAAGUCGUGGCCUGGGGAACACAGACGGAGCUGUCCCCAGUGUCCUCCACCCCUCAGCCCCUGGCCUGGCUGAGUUUGGCAGGGCCUGGGCCGUCCCUGGGACAAAGGUGCGUCCCUUCAGCUCUUCUCUGUGGAGCUCGGGGCUUUCUGUAUUUAUGUAUUUGUACGAAUGUAUAUAGCGACCAGAGCAUUCUUAAUUCCCGCCGCAGACCUGGCGCCUGCCUUGGCUCCUGGGGGCAGCCAGCCCUAGCUGGGAGAGUGGGAGCUGGCAGAGGAGCCACUGCCAAACUCAAGGCUCCUCCAGCCCAGCUUGGACGGCUGAGGGUGCUCACACCCCUGAGCCUUCAGCACUGUGCUGGCCACCCCCGGCCUCUGAGUAAGACUCGUGCCUGCUCCCGCUGCCCUGGGCUCAGGCUGCUACUCUCUGGGGCCCAAAGCUGUCCCUUCUCAGUGCUUGUCAGAGAUGGAUCUGGGGCCUCUGUAUCCCCUAGGCCUGUGCCAAAGUGUCCAGAGAUUGGGCCGGCUGUGAGACCCGUCAGCCCACUGCCCCGGCCGGCCCAGAUAGGUUUGCCUCUGCCUUCCAGCUCCCAGGGCCUGGUCCCUGAUGCUGGGCCCUGUCCUGGAGACACCUCUUUCAGAAAUGCCGGAGCCCAGCCCCUAGGAGGGGGUGGGGCAUCCCUGGUCAACCCUCAAACAUUCCAGACUCCCCUCAUAACAAUAGACACGUGCCCAGCAAUAAUUCGCCCCUUCCUGUGUGCACCUGUGGGGUGUGUGCGCGCGCGUGUGUACCUGUGUGGGUGAAAGGGAUAGGGCAAGGCUGUGCCUGUGCCUGUGCCCCAGGCCCCAGUCCUGGCCCUUCCCAGACUGUGAUGGCCAUCCUGGUCUCAGUGUUAGGGUAGCAUGGGAUUACAGGGCCUUGUUUUUUCCAUAUUUAAAGCCAAUUUUUAUUACUCAUUUUGUCCAAUGUAAGCUGCCACGUGUCUCUGUGUGAAUAUAGUCCGAGCACAAACCUG